GUGUGAAGAAGCAAGAAGCAACAGCUGCUUAGCUUCUUUCUUUGAGUGGUCACACAUUCGAAUUCGGGCCGAAUUCACAUCAACAAUGGGCGUCGAAGUUUGGCCUCUGGCCGUAUUCACCGUCAUCUGGGCCAUUGUGGGAAUUGUUGGCCCAUUUGUUGUGCCUAAAGGACCGAACAGAGGAGUCACUCGAGUCGCCCUGAUUUUAACUGGUGUCACAUGCUGGCUCUUCUGGUUGUGCUGCUACAUGGCCCAAAUGAACCCCCUCAUCGGGCCCAGGCUGUCGAACCACACCCUGCUGCUGAUUGCUAGAGAAUGGGGCAAUCAAAUUACUCCUGGUCCUGGUCCUGGUCACUAAUCACUCAAUUCUUCCUCGCCAUUCUGGUUUUACUCCGUAAAAGCACAUUCCUGUUUAUUCAAAAUUAAACGAGAUAACAUAUUUUUGCAUCAUGUUCGAUCAAUUGAGUAGUGCAGUAUUAUGCAGAAUCUAUUGUGCCUUGAACAAAAUUGUCACGAAUCCAGAUUGUGAUAAUAAAUACGCAUAUUUUCCUGUAAAUUUAUUGUGUACAUAAAUAAUAAAGAAGCUAAUUAUUCUGUUGAUGAAAAA